AUGCCAGAAAAAGACGGGGACACCAGCUACCACCCCUACCGUUACUCCCCAGCAAGUGGGGACUUUGAACUCCUCGCCUCCCGAGUCAAGACUACCGAUCCCCGCGAGGCCGUGGCUUUCGCUGACGUCCUACGUAUCAUGCCCACUCCGAGCCAGGUACAGCACUAUAAUCACUCCCGUCAGCGAUGUUGGGAGCCUGCGUUCGCGGUGGAUGCAGUGGCGAGCUCAAAAGCGGUCGUCUUCUUUCACAGCACCAAGUCCAAGACCGUUCCCAAUAUCGGCGUGGAAGAGCCUAAGGCCGUUGCAGAUGUCGCAGAUGGCGCCUGA